AUGGCGGAGGGAGCUAACAGCAGAAACCUGCUCCUCGAUAAAUUGCAAUGUCCAAACAAGAUCAAGCUUUUCCUUUGGCGUAUGUUUCAUAAUACUCUUCCCACAGCUUUACAUCUGUUCCAGAGGCAUAUAACUUCUCAAGCUAUGUGCUUCAGGUCUUCCUCUCAUGUGGAGUACCGUAUUCAUGCACUCAGAGACUGUACCCGGGCCAGAAAGACUUGGCUGGAAUUGAAUCCUAAUCUGAUGAAUGGAAAUUUUUUCCAUCAAAACAGUAAUUCAAAGCAGGACCAUCUGAAUAUACCCUGGAGAAUGGUCUUUCUAUAUGCUGCCUGGUACCUAUGGUAUUGGAGAAACUGUAUGCUAUUUGAUUCGUCUUUCCUUUGGCCUGACAAUGCUGCCCAGGUGAUACGAGGGAAAGCAAAGUGCCAAACUGAAAUUUCAGGCGGAUGGGUACCACCUGAAGGCAACACUGUUAAGGUUAAUGUGGAUGCUAGCAUUCAAGGGCAACAAGGUUUAGCAACUGCAGGGGGACUACUAAGAGAUAGCCAGGCGAGA